CCCCCCCCCGUCCCCCCCCCCAGGGGCCGCGAUGACUCUGAACCGCGGGGACAAGUUGCGCUGGCUGGACAAGCGGCGCGGGAGCACGCCGCUGGCCGCCCAGCACCAGCUGCACCGGCGCAGCAUGCCGGUGGACGAGCGGGACCUGCAAGCGGCGCUGCCCCCCGGCCCGGCCCCCGCCCCCGCCGCCGCCCCCGCCCCGGGCGAGCUGGCGGCCGGCCGGCCCCCCCGGGACGGCUGGGCCUCCGACUCGUCCGGCUCCCUCGCCUCCUCGGCCAGCGAGGCGGACGGCCGCCUCUACAAGGUCAUCCUGCUGGGCGAGCACGGCGUGGGCAAGACCAGCCUGGCGCGCAUCUUCGGCGGGGUCGACGACGGCCCCGACGCCGACGCCGCGGGGAACACUUACGACCGGUCGAUCAUGGUAGAUGGGGAAGAAGCCUCUCUUGUGGUGUUUGACAUUUGGGAGCAGGAUGAGGGUCAGUGGCUUCCCAGCCACUGCAUGAAGAUGGGAGAUGCCUACGUCAUUGUAUACUCGGUCACCGACAAGGUCAGCUUCGAGAAGGCCUCGGAACUGAGGAUCCAGCUACGGCGGGCGCGGCAGACGGAAGACAUUCCUAUCAUCCUGGUGGGCAACAAGAGCGACCUUGUCAGGUCCCGAGAGGUGUCCGUGGACGAGGGCCGGGCCUGCGCCGUGGUGUUUGACUGCAAGUUCAUCGAGACCUCGGCGGCCCUCCACCACAACGUGCAGGAUCUGUUUGAGGGCAUCGUGCGGCAGAUCCGGCUCCGCAGAGACAGCAAAGAGGACAACGCCCGGAGGAUGGCCAACACGAAGCGGAGGGAAAGCAUCGGCAAGAGGGCUAAGCGUUUCCUAGGGAGAAUUGUGGCCAAGAACAAUAAGAAAAUGGCCUUCAAGGCGAAGUCCAAGUCCUGUCACGACUUGUCUGUGCUCUAGGGCCCUGGGACGGACCGGAGGCCGCCCGGGGUGCUUGGGAAACAGCCCCGGACUGAUUGGGACGGGAAAUCUGGACAGGCCCCGACAGUGGCCACCGACGGGUCACGGUGACAGACAACCGGCCGCCGUCUGGCUUGGCCUGGUCCGGUCCGGACCGGUCUCCCCUCCGCGCCACAAGUCUCCCGCGCAGCUGCCGCAGGAAGAGUCUACUGCUGAGGACUGCAGCUCGGGGCGGGCAGUAAGUAGAACCCACUUCGGCGCCGGGCAGGCCCCUGGGUUGCCACUGUGUUCGACUGGUCGUUUUUCGUCCUGUCCCGGGGGAUGCAGGUGGUGCCGACGGAGCGGAGAGAACGGGGCUGGAUCCUCCAGCAGCCUACUUGGCAGGCCCACGCGUUUUCACCAGUAAAUAGACACGACGAAGACGUUUUCAAGACACCCUCGGGGUAGUUCAUCCACAUCCAGAUUGGGGAUAGAUAAUCAAAAUAUAUGCAUAUAUCUAUGUAUGUAUGUAUAUAUAUGUAUAUUGGAGUUUCGUAUGUUUUAUGAAGUAAAUUCAUUUGCACUUCCAUCAACUGCUAUCCAAUUUGUUACUUGUUUACA